AUGUUAUUUGUUUCAAUUGAAUUGGAUAUUGUACAAAAUAAUCUAGAUGGAGGCAAUGAAAAUGAAUCACUGCUCAAAGAUGAUGGCACGCAGAAAGAAGUUCCAACUGUGAAAGACGAUGACGAUGUGCCAACAGACAUGCAUGAGAAGAAUGGAGGUGUUUCAGUUAAGGAAGUAAUACCUAUUGUUUCAUUGCAAGUAGAAACUGAUGAUAAAGCAUCUGCUUCAGUUAAAGAGGACCAAGUCCCACCUGCAGAUCCACAAGAAAUCUCCUGUGACAAAUCAGAAGAAAAAACCAUUGGUGGAUCCUACGAGCAGGAGAAAGUUGUUGAGGAUAUUGUAAAAAACGUUUCGGGUGGAGAAAAUGAAGAUAACUCACCAGUGGAAGUAGAUGAACUGCACGAACCAUCUCAGAGAAAUGCUUCAACUGGGAACAACAAUGAUGUUGAGCCACGAAUUCUUGCUGAAGCAAAAUUUGAGGAUGACAACUCAACAAAAGUCAACUUAACAGAUAAUGAGAGAUGUUCAGAAGGUAUUUUGGUUGCUGAAACAACUCAAGAAAGUGAAAUAAGAUCUCAAGAGGCGCAAAGCCUAACCACAGAUUCUCAAGAAAUAACAAGUCAUCACAAAAUGGAGAAAACAAUAGAUGCUACUGAUCUGAAGGAAGGAAAUCUUGAAGAUAAGAAUACCGCCACAACUACCCCAUAUGAAGAAGCUCAAGGGAAGUCGCUAAUACAAACUGAUUGCUCCCAAAUUGAACGCAUUGAACAAUCGGUUAAUGAAUGUGCAAAUCCACCAUUUACAGAAGCUCAGAAGGCACACACCACAGAAAGUGCUUUGUGGAAGGAAGAACCAGAGAUGGAGAAACCCAUGGAUUCUGCUCAUGUACUUUCAGAGAAUACUAAAGCACCUACUUCAACUCAAGACACAGAAACCAGUUUUAUUGAGCAACAAGACAUGACUGUCGAUCCACAUGAAAUCUCAAGUGGCAAAUUAUCCAAUGAUAAAACCAACGGGAGGGGGGAAAUUCAGGAGGUUCAGGAUAUUGCAACCAAUGUUCUAGAUUUUGACAAAGAAGAAUCCUCAGCAACCAAACCAGAUGAAUCAGAAAAAACUACUUUUGCAGAAGAUUUGACGGGAAACAUUACUGAGGAUAUUGAAGCAAAUAUUCCAAGUGGCAACAAUGAAGACCACUCACCUAUUAGAGUAGAUGGCUCACAAGAGCCACAUUUGGCCGAAGGUUUCAUGGGGAAUGCCGCUCAUCAUGAUUCCAUACUUGUUAAUGAAGGCUCUUUCAUAGCUGGCAUUGUUGAAAAUGAGAAAAUCACAGAUGAUGCAUUGAUAAAAGAAGAAACAACUGACGAGCCCUCGCAAGUAACGGAGGAGAUUGAAGCAUCUGCUUCAGGCAAAGACAUAGAACCAAUUUUUCAAGCAGAUCAAGCUUUAGUUGAAAAAACUGUGGAUAAUCGCCGAGAGGUUAUAACAACUGGUGCAACCGACUUAAAUGAAGAUACUUCCAAGGAAAUGGCCACAAAAGCAGUAGCUGUUGAGAUCCCAAGAGCACAAAUUUCGGAUGUUUAUACAGACACGGUGGUGGAUUUUACCGAUGGUCAUAAUUGCAACCAAGAGGAAUCACUUGGCCUAAAUGCAUCAGAUGAAAGCAAUGAGCUUGUGGCCAGAGUUACCAGCUCAACAUCUGAACCACCAGAGCAGGAUUCUACUAAGAUUGAUGCACAGAAGAAGACAGUGGUAGAGGAUGGCCCCACCAAAGCACCAGAAAAUAGCAGUCUAGUCAAAAGUGACCCAACUGUAAGCUCAGUCACAGAUGCUCGAGUUCAAGAUAAUGAAAACAAAGCCGAACUGAAACAAGACACAGAGUCAAGAAAUAAAAAGGAUGUCUCAGAAUCAAAUAACUUGAACGAUGGAGAAGACAGAAUAAUUUCAGACAACAUCAAACACAUGUCAGAUAGUUCCAAGUCUGUUGCAUUAGAGGAAAUUCCAUCAUCCAAUGUUAGUUCCAACUCUGUUGCAUUGGAGGAAGUUCCAUCAUCCGAUGUCGUGUCAGAAAAAGAUUCAGCAACCAAGCCUAGUCUAAAUCCCAUAGAAGAAACGUGGCUCGAGGCUGUUAAUGAAGAAGCUCAAAAACAAGAUGAGGAGCUUUAUGUUUCAGCUCUUGUCCUGGAUUCAGCCAUGGAAAAAUUAGAACAGGACGAAAAACCAUGUUCGGCAAGUGUUACAGAUUCUGUUAUCCCUCAAGAAAUACAAAAGCUAGAGGAAGAAUCCCUACCUGCUACAGAUAAGAAACCAACAGAAAUCAAAGACAUGCAGGAGAGUGAAAUCACAAAUGAUCAAACCAAUCAAAAAGAUGAAAAACUUGGUGAAAGAGAGCAAGAGAAAGCAGAGGAGAAAGUACUCUCAGUUGAAACUGUAGUAGAAACCAAGGAGCCAGAGCGUGCAUCAGUUUCAGUGACCAAUGACCUACUUCCAAAAUCUUUCAGAGUAUCAUCAGAACUAGAUCACCCCUUUGCUGAAACAGAGAUGGCAACAAAUAAAGAAGACGUGCUGACAGGAAAAACACCAACAUAUGACUUUGAGGAGACAGAAUUUGAAAAGAACAAAGAGAAGGAAGCAAGCAAAGAAAUAAUAUCAGACUUCACUUCUGCAGCUCUGAAUAUCAGAGAUACAAGUGACGGUGAUGGUGCUGACAGGUCAACUUCAGAUGCUGAAUCUCCAAAAUAUGUACAGACGGCUACUGGAGCUAAUGAAAAUCAAGAAAUUGAGGACACAAGCGUUGCACAAACCUCAGCUUUACUACCUUCAUACGAAAGACAUAACAAUGAACAUGGUCACUCAGGCAUUGAGGAAAAACCAGAUGCAAAUGAACUUGGAUUUGCACUUGAAGAAAGCAAAACAGAGCACGAAGUGAAAAAUCAGGUGCUUGAUACUAUUGACCAAGUUCAAAGUCUUGAAGCAGCAGCAGAGAUAGUCUCUGAAUCAGCUAUUGUAGAGGUUAAAACUGAACCCAUAGAAACCGUGGAAGUCAAUAUUCCUAGCCAGAUCAAUGACGACGAUGAAGAUGUUCAAGAUGAUCAUCGUGGUUUUUGCAAGGCUGAUAUUACAGAGAGACACCUCGAAGAUCAGGUAAAACAAAAAGAAAAUACAGAGACAGAAGAAUUAUCUGAAGUCAUCAAGAACCCAAGUACCACAGAAAAGGUGUCAACAUUUCCUGAAGAGGCAGACGACAAGGUUUUGGAAGAUCUAGAAGAAAUACAAGAAAUCCAGGCAAAAGAUGAGAUAAACCCAAUGUAUUCUGCCAAUAAAGGCGAGCAAGAGUCAACAAGGGCUGAAACCUGGACCAAACCAACUGAAGAUGAACAUAAGAGUACUUGCGUUGAGGCUGAGAAGGUUGGGAUUUCAUCUCAUACUGAGGAUGCGACAGAAGUUCUACCGAGUGAUGCUGCUGAGGAUGUUCCAGAAGAAAUCGAGAACAACGCAACCAAAAAUAAGUACUCCCAAGAGAAAUGUGCAAUCGAAGAACCAACAGGAGCAGAACUAACUGGACACCUAGAAGCCAAGGUUUCAGGUGAAGGACAUGCAGCCAAAGCAAACGAGAAAGGCCAUGUGUCAGAAACACUCAAGCAAGAAAUAGAUGAACAACAAGUGGAAAUGAACUCUGAGCCUAUCACGAAAAGAAAAGAGGUGAAUUCUCAAGAGAACAUAGCAGAAUAUGACUUUGAAAAUAUCUCGGAGUCCAAUGUUCGGCAGAGUUCGGUACAGGAUACAGCUCAAAGUGAUGAAACUCAGGAAACCGAGAGGUCAAUGGCCUCUCCUCUCACUUUAUCAGCUGUCGAAUGUUCAAAUUCAGAAAUAGCGGCGAAAGAUCUCUCGAUGGGAUUCAAAGGCACUGGUGUAACAGAGCUGAAGGAAGAGGGAACAAGAGCUGAAACCUGGACUAUACUGACUGAAGAUGAAGAUAAGAACACUUAUGUUGAGACAGAGAAGGUUGGUUUUUCAUCUCAUACCAAGGACACUAUAGAAGUUUCAAGCGGUGAUGCUGCUCAGGUUGUUCCAGAAGAUAAUGAAAACUCCACGACCAUGAAUAAGUACUCCCAAGAGAAAUGUGAAAAAGAAGAACCCACAGGCACCGAAUUAACUGGCCACCAAGAAGCUGAGGGUUCUAGUGAUGGACAAGAAGCUGAAGCAAACCGGAAAGGCCCCAUGUCUGUUACACUCCAGCAAGAAAGAGACGAACAACAACUGGAAAGGACAUCUGAGUCUGUCACAAGAGCAGAAGAGGUGAAUUCUCGAGAGGAAAUAAUAACAGAUUAUGAGUCUCAAAGUAUCUCAGUGUCCGAUGUUAAUCAGAGUUCAGUAGAUGAUACGGCUCAGAAUGAAAAAAUUCAAACAAAAGGGCAAGUUGCCUCUCUUUCCAUAUCACCAGAUGUCAAAUGUUCAAACACUGGAAUAACAGAAAAGGAUCUCCCAAUGGGAUUCGAAGGCACUGGUACAACGGAGCUAAAGGUAACACCUAUACCUUCUGAUGAUAAACAUAUAGUCUCCAAAGAAGAUCAUACCAGGAACACAAAUCCCGAGAAGUCAGUUGGCGACAACAAUAUCACAGCAGUUACACGUGGAAACGCUGCAGAAUGUUCUCAGGAUGAACACAAAUUUCUGAAAAACAAAAAUAUUGAUGAGCCUUUACAAUCGGACCUUCCUCAGGAGUACCCAAAAGAAACCUCCCAAACCCAACCUGCCCAUGAGAAAGAGACAGCCAAGCACAAUGAAGACCUGGGGGCAGAAAAAGCCGAUGAGACUGAGCAUGAAGAAAGGAAACCUGAUGGAGAAAAGGACGAUGGGGAGGAAUUAAACAAACCAGGACAGAUAGAGCUGUGUUCUGAAGCUCCGGUCAUGGUGGAUGCAGGGGAUGCGGACGUGAAAGUUGCUCACAAGAAAUCACAUAACAUACUAUCAGGUGUUGGAUCCAAAGUGAAGCAUUCAAUUGCCAAGGAUAUAUCCGGCCAAAAUCAGCUGAUAACACCGGAGAAGGAGCAGCUGUAUACGGUGGCGAUCCAUAAAAAGGGAAACGGAGAAGGCCACGCCACGCAGACGCUGAUUAACACCUCGGGAAGAAUAAUUCAUGAGGAUAAAAUUAACACGAAAACAUAG